AAAUCGUUCAACUACGCGGUUCGGCGCUUCAGUUGUUAGGAUCUACUCUGCCCAAUCGCAACUCUCGCGCUCGAAUCCAGUAAUCCUCCGAUAGCCGUAACAAACAGCAUGGCGAAGCUUCUGUGCCUUAUCCUGGCCCUGUGUGCCGUUCAGGGAACUCUGGGAUUCGUUCGCCGUGACGCCCCCGCUGCACCAGCGGAGGAGCCCAAUUUCUUCCAGACCAUCAUGAACAUCAAGGACAAGAUUGAGGUGGCAUUCGAGGAAACGCAGCAGAACGUUCUGAAGUCUCUCGGGUUCCAGUCGAACGAGGAGGUCGUCCAGACGAUCCAGCAAAACACCAACCAGUACGUGGAUCGGCUGCGAUCAGUGCAGGGCGUGCUUGACGAGGAGGUGAAGAAGCAUUCGGACAUCUUCGAGCCCAUCGUGAAGGAUCUGAAGGUUAAGCUGGACCAAACCACUGCCACCCUGUCCGAGCAGAACCCGGAAGUUGUGCAGAAAGCGAAGGAGUACCAGGAGCAGCUGACGACCAACGUACAGUCCCUGGUGGCCGAGGCUCAGAAGACGGUCGAAAAGCUAAAGGCCGAUACGCGCGUACAGUCCGAGGAGAUGCAGAAGGCAUUGAAGAUGUUGUACGACUCGACUUUCGAAGUCUUCACCAAGACGGCCAACGAGCUGAAGCAACCGAAGAACUAAAGCGCCGUUACUGUUCAACCCGGUCAAGGUACAAAGUUGUUAAAUAAAGAUUAAAACAAAACAAAA